AUGCAAGUUCCAUACCAAUCCAGUUCCAGGCCACCCACACCUACCUACGGAAGUCAAGCUGAGCAUUCAUCGUCGCCAGUCGAGUCCAGCGGCUUCGUUGGAGCUUACGGAACAGGCGUUUCAGCAUCGCCGGUCGAAUCCGGCACCUUCUUUGGGGCCUACGGAGCAGGCUUUUCAUCGUCGCCGGUCGACUCCGCAUCUCCAAUGUCUGCAACACAAAGGAAUAUGCAUGAAGUUGAGCAUGAAGAAAGCAAAGAUAGCAGUCCAGAUGAAGAAAUAAGAAAGGGUCGCACUAAUUGGACAAAAAAGGAGAAUGAGAGAUUGAUUAGCUCUUGGAUUAAAAAUUCGGUUGACGCAAUUGAAGGCAAUGGAAAAAGGGGAGAUUAUUAUUGGAAGCAAGUAGCAGAGGAGUACAACAAGAAUAGUCCUGCAAAUAAAAUAAGAUCUGUUGCCCAAUGCAAGGGGCACUGGAGCAAGACUACCCCUUUGGUUUCUCUCUUCCAUGCAUGCUACAUCAAGACCAAAAAUGUGUAUGCUAGUGGUCAAUCAGAGGAGGGACUAAUGGAGAAAACACGUGCCAUGUAUUUAACUGCAGCAAAAGUGAAGAGACCCUUUGCUUUAGAGUAUUGGUGGAGGGUAGUGAAGGAAGAGCCCAAAUGGCGUAAUCUCUACAUGGAAGAGGAUCUGGGAGGGAGGAGACACAAAUUGGACGCAAGUGGUGCUUACACGUCAUCCUCAGCGGCCGACAGUGAAGGAACAGACAGAGUUCGUGAACCAUGUCCUCAAGGAACAAAAGCUGCAAAGGAGGCGAGGAAAUUGAAAGGAAAAGUUAAAGCAAAAGCAAAAGACAUUCCAGAUUUUGUGCCAUUUCAUAUAUCAGAAGAGAGCUAUGAGUUAUUGCGUGAAGGCCAUGGUCGUAAAGCAGCUGCACUAGAAAAAUGGGCUGAAGCAACAACAGCGAAGGCAGGGGCAGACAAAGAAAUGGCUGAAGCAAAAAAAGAAAUGGCUAAAGCAAGAAAAGAAAGAACAAAGGUUGAUAUAUUCAACACAUAUAUGGAGCUGCUGAAAGUUGACACUUCAGGAUUCAACGAUGCGCAAAUGCAGCGACAUGAAAAGAUGGUGGAGAAUUUGUGCAACAAGUUAGAUUGA